AUGGACGCUAUCGAACAUAUUGGCACCCCUUCGAAAGCACCACGGUGUUUCGAUUAUAUCAACUGCGCAGAAUGUGCAACAGAUCUACGCGUUGCAUUCAUAGCCCGAGGAAGUGAUCAGUUGGUAGCGCAAAUAAGUAUAUGGCAAUGCUUCGGAGGGCGUGAUCUCGAUGAAGAAGACCCUACAGUCCAGAGGAUGUACGGCUUUCGUUUUUCUCGCAAACGCGAGACGCAAAGCUAUCGAUUUGCUCUUCCGACCCGAAAUCUCGAGCUCCUGUACAACGAAAGCCUCGGUAACGGUGGCAGUCCUACCAACGGCCUGCAACAACGGCACAGAUGGCUACAUUGGUGGGGCUGGGACCAUCCAUACUAUAAGAACACUCCGGGCCAUGGUGCUCAAUUCUAUCGCGAGCAACAAGAACCACAAGAACAACAAGAACAACAAGCAGACCAAACCAACGCUGGAAACAUUAUCGAGAACCAGAACCGCGGACUUACAUUGUUCUUCACGGUCCAUAAGGUUUCCCCGAAUGCGCGAACGGAGGACGCAAAAAGAGCACCGGUGCCGCUGGGCAUCGGUGAUCUUACUGGAAUCGAGGAUUCGGUUGAGGAGCGUUUGAUCGAAGUAUCCGCCAACACCAAGCGGAUGAAUGCUAUCCGCGACUGGACGAAACAGACGCCGUCCUCGUAG